AUGGUUAUUCCAUACAUUUAUUUAUUUCUAACAACUCCAGAAGAAGACAAAAAAUCGGCAAUUUAUCGAAUUUAUAAAUGGAUUUUUGUUUAUAUUCUAAUCACCACACUAUGCUCUUUGAGUUCCUAUGCAAUUGCAAUUUAUUCAGUUUUCUAUCCAAAUCUAUGGGUUUUUCUUGUUUCAAUGAUUCUUCUCGCGCCAAUUUUUUUUCCGAAACCGGAUUUUUGGUAUUGAUUGCGAUUCAGAGAUUCAUUAUAAUCUCGGAUAUUCAAAUAUUGGUCAAAUUUGUUCAAGGAAAAUGGCUAAUUCUUCUUCUUAUUCUCAAUUAUUUUCAAAUUGUUUCUCCUGUUAUUUCGAGAUUGACGGGGAUAUUCAAGUACUUAUUUUCUCAAUUCACGUUGACAAGAAAACCGGAGAAAAAACGAGAAAAAUAUUUUUUUGAAAAAAAAUUAUAUACCGUAGUUCUUUCGUCGCGACGAGACCCUGUGUGUUUCAGUUGUUGCGCCUUUCAAAAACUACGGUAUUUUUUGUUUUUUUUUUCCCGGAUUUUUGUGGUUUUUGAUAUUUCACUGUAUUUUUUCUUGCAAUUCGAGGGAGACGCAGACUUUAACGUGUGCAGACAAAUCUCUCGUCGAAAAAGGGAGAGAAAUAGUGUGUGGCAGACACACAUCGUGUCGAGACCAGCGACUGUCUGCGUCUCCUCGGAAUUGCAUUUUUCUAUUAGAAAAAAACACAGUGAUUUCUGCACGAAAAAGGGAGAAAUCGAUUGGAUUUUCACGUUUAUGCAAAAACUCCGCCCACUUUUUUUUUGAAUUUCCCUAGCUAAAUAGUGAUUCUCUCAGCCUUUCUGAAUAGGUUUUCUCAACGUUUUGAGAAAAUAAGCUGAAUAUCUCCAUUAUUUAGCUGUGUUCCUGAUGUAUGCCCAAUUUAUCAACUAAUUACAAAUCGUACUUCAUCUUGUGAUAGUACAGAUUAUUCAUAUGACACACUUCUACACUUCUACAUUCUUCCUGAACCAUUCUGUUUAUCAAUCGCAUUAUUAUUGUUCAUUCUAACACUUCUCAAAAUCCAUCAAAACCGUCACAUUUUAUCAGAGACUCGAAAAAAAGCCGAGUUAUCGAUUAUCUAUCAGAAUUUACCCUUUAUCUUCUCUUUCAUUUCAAAAUAUAGUGCCGCUUUGGUGAUUUAUUUGAUUCGCGUUGAAAAUGAUGGUCGAGAUGAGGUUUUCAAGAGUUUUGUGUGCAAUGAUCUGACAACUAUCAAUUUUAUUUUUCCAAUUACAUAUACAGUUGCCAAUUUUCAACGACUUAGGGUGUUAUUUGCUAAAUGUUGUUGUUGUUUUGGAAGAGGAAAUCGAAUAAGUGAUCAUUCUUUGCAAUAUAUGAGUACAACAGGAGAAGCUCCUCUUCAUUCUCCAAAUAAUUAA